UCAUUGUAGUAUUUUCAGUUUGUUUAUUUUGUUCACCCUUCAAGACAAGAAGUAAAAGAAGUAUAAUUUCUGUAGUAACCAAUGCUGUAAAAACACUGAAGACUGCAUCUUUCUGUAAAAAGACAAAACUCAUCUUACCACUACCAAAUUCAGUAAGAAGCCCAAGCACGAAAAUAUUUCAGGCAAGUGAAACUGCUUCAAAUAAAACAACUCCAAGCUUCCAAGAAACAGUGACGAGAAAGAGACAAGCAGAAACACUUCUUUGCUGACACUCCUCACACAGCUGCCAUGGACCUGCAAAAGCAGUGGGGGGAUACAGAGACUAACUGGCAUAAGGAAAAGAUGGAAUUACUGGACCAGUUCGACAAUGAAAGGAAGGAAUGGGAAAGUCAAUGGAAAAUCAUGCAGAAGAAGAUAGAAGAGCUUUGCCAGGAAGUAAAGCUUCGGAGGAAACUCCACAGGAGUGAGCGUGCCAAGGUCAUCGGUCUCCACCCGGAGACGGGUUCUGGAGAUGAAAUGCGGGCGUCGUUCCCCAGCGAGCCCAGCUCAGGGCAAUGUGAAUUUACAGACAGGGCUCCCAGCAGCACUCUGACAGCGAAGCACGGCGCAGUGCAGAGCUUACUUGGUGAAGAAAAUGCAGGAUGUCAGGAACAGAAAUCAACCAAAAAGUCAAAAGUGGGGUUCAUGGAUCCAUUGGCCACAGACAAACAAAAGGAGUGUGAGGCCGGGCCGGGCUGCAGGACUUCAGAGGAGGAGGAGGAGAGGAAGGACUGCUCUGGGGCCCUCAACACAGCUCUUGAAGAACUUGCCAGAGUUAGUGAAGAACUGUACAGCUUUCAGGAGGAAAUUCGAAAGCGGUCUAACCACAGAAGGAUGAAGUCAGACUCUUUUCUCCAGGAAAUGCCAGAUGCAAUCAGUGCACCUCAGGGGAACCACUUGAUCAGCAAAGACCAGUGCAUUUUUCCAAUCAGUUUAGAAAAACAGAAACAGAAAAAUAAAAAGAACCUGAGCUGUACCAGUGUGCCCCAACACGACUCUGUGGAAAGUUGUGUGAUUGGUGCCAUUGAUUUGCAAAGACAAGGAACCCCACCCAUCCCUCCUCCAAGAAGCAGUUCUCGGAAUUUCCCCAGCUCCUGUUCUGAACAAGCCCAAGAACAGCUGAAGGAAACUGCAGACCACAACAGCUGGGUGGCCCAUGGGGGUCAAGAGGAAAGGAGCUUCAAUCCUCCUUUUCUUUCCAGGCAGCGUGAGAUACCUACAUUGGGUCCAGGUGAGGGAAAGACUUCGGAAGAUAGUGUCAUGUUUUCCUCUUUGAUACCAGAAAUCCAAAUAGAUAGCAAACCUCCAGGCAGCGUCAGACUUGGCAUGAGCCCAUGCAGGGUUGCGAUAGAGGCCACAAAGAGCCCCUCUGCUCUGUGGUUCCAGAAGACCUGCUCCUCUCCUAACCAGCCACAGUUUGAAAAGGUGGCUCCAGGUCACCCUACUAAAUCUCAUCCUGCUCUUCACGUGAGCAACGACAGUUGUUCCUUGGUGGCACAGAGCAGUGGCCCACUUAGAAGUUUCUGUUGUGGCUUUGAAAGGACUACAAGGAAUGAGAAGCUGGCAACAAAGACUGAUGAGUUUAACAGAGCUGUAUUUAGAACAGACAGAAAUUGCAAUUCAGUACAGCAAAAUCGAAGCUACUCACAUUCAUCUGAAGACAGUAAGCACUGUGAUUCCUUAACAACUCCUGUAGGUGGCAUAUCAGCAGGUGACAGUGUGACUGAUAAUCUGAAAACCAGUGCCCGUGUGCCUGAACCCACGGAAAAUGUGCCUGAUAAUCCCACCAAGAAAUCCACAACUGGCCUGGUCAGACAAAUGCAGGAACGCAUAAAUCCUGGCAGUUACCAGAAUAUGCUUCAUGAGCGAGACUGGAGACCAAGUGAUUUAUCUGGCCGACCAAGAUCCGCUGAUCCCAGGUCAAAUUAUGGUGUUGUGGAAAAGCUGCUGAAAACGUAUGAGACAUCAACAGGUCCUGCAUCGCAGAAUUCUAAAUGCGUGCAGGAAAAUUGGACCAAAUGGGACGGUGAUGUCAGUGGUGGCACUACGUCGGGUCAGCAUUCAGAAGGCCUUCAAAUGGAACAAGAGUUUCAGCCAAGGAUGGUCUUGUGCAGAGGACAGCAAGUGAAACAAGGAAUGGAUCGGAAAAAGGAGACAGAGGAAUCCAUGGCUGUGAAAACCACCCAAGGAAAAGGAUUUUUGCGUCCUGCUAGGCCAGCAAAUCGCCGUCUCCCAUCCAGAUGGGCAUCCAGAUCUCCAUCGGCACCCCCUGCCUUGCGGAGAACUGCCCCCAGCUGUACCAUUUCUCUCCAGUCUGAAGCACCAACGCUUUAAGUCUGUAGUCUGUACUGCUAGAUUACAAAAGUUCUGUUCCCUAUUGCCAGACUGAACAUUCUGAGUGUUUACAGCUAGUCCUGUUCUCUUCUGUAUCCUUCAAGGUCCCUGGGAUGAGCAAUUUAAAUCUUAACUUUCCAUCAGUCUUCAGUGUUUUUAACCUAUAGAAUAAUGAUCUCUAUGUAUUUUGAUUUCUUAAAUCAGAAUUGUUUAAUGUCAUAUUCAUUAAUUCCCCCAUAUGGUUUAAGUUGAAACAAUGUACAAUACUGUAUAUUCUAACUUUCUUGCAAGUGGCAGAUAGCAAGAUUAUGUGCAUGGCCAUGUGUUUGUAGGUGCAUGUCUUGCAAUAGGAAGUACUCGUACGUAUUUAGAUAAGGAAAACUUAUGUGAUAGUGUUGACUUUGAAAUUAUAACAUGUACACCUAUAUAUUCUUUGUGUUUAUUUAAAGGUUUUGAAAAUAUACAUUGCUAUUUAUAUUUUGUAUACCUUUUAAUAGGUAUCUGCCUAAAAGCAUUUGAGGUUCAUGUAUCAAUUAACCACUUCCUUGGCCCACACAUACAUUGAAAAAUAAGAAUUAUACAAAUAUCUAACAUUAGAAGUCUUCUAAAUACUCUUCAUGAAUAACUUCUUAACCUAUUUAUAAAGAUAAACUAAGGCCAUUGAUUUUCUUGUUAUUCUUUUAAAUAAGAGCCACAGGUUGAACAGGUCAGCCUUCUCAAGGAAGCAUAAAAUGUUGAUAAAUGCUUUUGUAUAUCAUACAGUGGUCUCGAAUGGCUUUACCUGUAUACUUAAUUUGCUGAGCCAGUGUCAUGAGACUGCCUUAUGAACAACAGGACUAAAUAAUGAAUUUAUUUUGUCAACCUCAGUAAAGGACAUUCCUUAAACGAGAUGCAAAAAGGUUAAGUCAUGUUGAAUUUUCCUUUUUUGUUAAAAUUGUAGUAAGCUUUUAGUUUAGCUACUUUUUCUGGAGUCAUACAUAUUUAAAGGUAAGUCAUUCUUUCUUCCCUGUGUUAACCUUUUCCCUAAACUAGCAGAAGAACUAAUUUACUUUUUUUUAUUAACAAGAAAGAUUAAGAAUAAUAUUUCAUUCAGAACUCUGGAUUACAGUAUAUUUCUUGUGGUGUGCUAUCAAAAAGAGCCUUAAACUAAACUUUGGCACCCAUAACAGCAUAAGGAACAGAGAUGUGUACCUUGGCUACAAUUUGCAUACAGUGAAUGAAUAAAAUUUAUCUUGAGAACUGAUAUAAAUAGGAAUGUUGAAGGCCUUGGAAUUUUACAUGGAGGAUCUUAGAAGCAACUUUUUCUCUACUGUCUCCAUUUAAAACAAAUUUUGUUAUGGUAUUAGUUACACAUUAACUAUAUUUAGGCUUUUUUUUUCUACCAAAAAACUUAAGAAAUUCUUACAUCAAACGUAAGGAAAAGCAUUCCCCUUAUGGUAUUAUAACAACUUACAGGAAUUCACCUUAGUAUAUACUGCCUUGAGGUAAAGUAAACAAUUUGCAAAUUGCAGGUAGCCCUAAAAAGCUCAAGACUAUAGCAUGAUGAUGGCUUAAUUCAUGCUUUACAAUAAGAAUUCUAGGAGUUAAACCGAAUUAAAUUUCUAGACUGUGAGUUUGGAUUGGAUGGUAAAUAAGGGCUUCAGACCCAUUCUUCUAACUCUUGUUUCCUUCAAGGGAUAGCUUCUUCUACAGAAAAUCUAUCAAGAAAAGUAACCUAGACACAACAUGAUAUCGUUCGGAUUAUGUGCUUUUUCCACUAGAGGGGAGAAAAACCCUGGGAAGGUGAUACCUGGGGCCUGGGGAGAUGGACCAGGUAGGGAAAUGCGGCUGCCAGCAGUGGCACCCAAGGACUGUGCGAGGUGCCUCUUCCUCCAUCCUGUGUCCCAGGCAGUCGGAUAUGAUCUCUGUCCCUACCUUUACCUGCACACCCCAGUCCUGAGGAUCUCUUUUGUAGAAGAUGAAAUUCCUGACCUCGUCCCCAUAAUUGCUAAAGCAACAUUUCCAAGAGUAGGGACUGAGAUCCUGGGUGUCUUUAAUAAAAGCAAACAAAACAAGGCAAUGCAAAAUAUUCGAUGAGCAGACAGAUUUAGAAGCAAUGACACUGAUACCUGAAUCAAUGGGUGGUCUUGGGUCACCUUUGUGAUCCCUAAACGGAUACUUAUUUUGCCAAUCCUUACAAUUUUAAGCCCCUUUUCUUUUGUCAUCCAAAUGAACCAGUGGGACCAUUUUAACAUCUUAUGUUGACUAAAAUUGUAGAAUACUGGAGCUGAAAAGAUAAUUAGCAUCUAGUCCAACCCCCUGAACGUAAAACUGAAGAAACUAAUUCUGUGUUCUCUUUUAAAAUAUUUUCUAAUUUUGUAAUGGAAAACCCUAUGAGGUAUAGAGAAAUUCUCCUUGAAAACAUUUUCAAUGUAUUGUGAUUUUUAACUCAUCGAUUUUCUACUUGAGAUGAGCAUUUUCUUCCCCAUGCAUACCCUUCGUGAUCCAGUCGCUGCUGGACUUAUGGGAUUUAUUGAUGUUUAUAAAACCAUUUAAGUACUCCUGUGUGUAGAUGUUUUCCCUAGAAGAAUUUUGGGAGGACAGUCUUACAUUAUUUCACAAAGAAUUACUGAUACCAUCAACUGAACUGAAAGAGUAAGAAUGGAACAGAGAAAGGUAUUUGAGCCUCUGUGUUUGUGAUGUGUGCACAGCCCUCUCGCACAGAAAUUCUAGAUAAUGCCUUAUAUCCCAGAGCCAAAUAUAGAAAUGUGGAUGAUGUUCUGUAUAGUUCACCAUUUUAAAAAGUACAUGCAGUUCCAUUUGUCUUUAUAUAGAGGCAGUGAAGCUGAUAUUUCAUUUGGCUGAUACUUCCCUAAAACACGAUUUACUUCAAUAGCAGUGAUUGAACCAGGGACUACAUCAUCUGGACCUAUAAAAGUGUCUGCUUCCCUAAAAAGAUCUGUAAAAUUAUUUUUAGGCACACUUGCUGAAAACAGUUACUUGAUAUUGAAAUCUCCUUCAGUCCUUGGAAGUUUAAUAAAAUAAGUUUGGAAACAUC